AUGCUGCAUCCAGCCCUUAUUGUUUGGUGGUUUUGGGCAGGGGUUUCCGUUGCUGAUGACGGGGACGAUUUCUCGAAUAAUCUCUUCUCUGAUUUGGCACCUCUAUUGGCCCUUUUUGGGGAACGAGUUACCAUGCAAUUCAUAAGCCAGUCCAUGGGCUGGGCAGACAACUUAAUACUUGCCAUGGGCCCAAUAGGAAUAAUCACUAUCAUCAUCAGCGCCAUCAGAGUUGGGGGUCCAAAGUGGCUGAAGGCCUUGGUUGGAAGAGCGAGGGAGAAUCUUGCGGCUGCCGAAAUGGAGCUCCUCUCAUCUACUUCUAAGGAAGUUUGCGAGCUCUGGAAUGGGUCAGAAGUUGUCAGGUGUAUGGGAAAAUGCUCUCUAACAGAGUUCAUCAUCCUUGUUCCCACCAAGGGGAUAAACAAGGACACGCGCGUUGUAAUCCAUUGUGAAGAUUGGAGGACCUAUCUAGAAGAACGAGUAGCUUAUACUGACAAACUCAAUGACUCUAACCCUUCCUCGGAGAAAAAAGAACAUAAAAAAGCCGCUACUCAAAUACCUCGCUGCAUGUCAUUCUUCAGAAAUUCUCCAAAUGAAGAAAAUGGUCAUAAUCCACCUCUAGACAAUGACAAUACCACAAACGACGAACAAGUCUCCAACCAAAAUAAUAACAUCAUUGUUAUACGCAUUAACGGCCCAAAGGUCGAAACCUCCAAACUCCCUAAAAAAACCGAAACCCCUGGAAAAAUCGGAAAUACUGAAAAAAUGGGGGACAAUGAAAAUGCUCCAAAUAUAUCCUUAAAUUGCCACAAGCUUGCCAGCCCCCUAGAGCUUUGGGUAGUUGCCAUUUUUGGGACGACCCUCCAGCUUGGAGUGGUGGCCUACUGGGCCUUUGCUUCAUAUCACCCAACGCUACACUACCCUAAAGACGGCAAAAAUGUUGCAGACUAUGCAUAUCCUUGCGCUGCAGCUGGAACACUUACCUUGGUGGUUGGCAUGAUGCUUUGCUCACAUGUUGUAGAGAGCAGGACUACGGAGAAGCGAUAUGUUCCACGUGGAAAAGCGCAUGAUAUCUACUUUUGUUGGCUACAGCAAGAAAAAUUUGUCAACGACCAGUCAUUCAACUCACAUAUUAUCUAUUGCAAAAAAAAAAACAAGUACAUUGUCCUAUCGCGGCGAGACAGCGAAGGGGGUAGAUUGAAAACACUUACCAUUUUCUCAACAAUCAUUGCGCUCUCUGGAUUCGUCGUACAAUUCGUCGGCUUGCGGGGACUGCACUGGUCUGCCUCUGUUACUCAGCUUGGCAUCGUACUGUUCAUGCUUGCUUGCAAAGCAUUCGUUCGCCGUGGGCUCGCUAGCCCCCCAGAAAGCAGUGGCUCUCUCAAGUCAGGAUUUGAGCUUGAGUGGCUCACUAAAUCUGAGUCUCAAAUGGAAGAGUCUGAGUCUCAAAUGGAAGAGCCCAAAGUGGAGUCGCAGGCACACAGCAUGAUGACGAUCCGUCGAGAUUUAGGUCGAUUAGCUGACUGGCGUGAGCGUCCGUCGAAAGAAGCAAUCGCCGUGACGAAAUCGAUUGAGAUCGUGAUGAACACCCUUUUCCCCAAAGUUGAAGGUACUGAGAAGCCCACCUACUGGUCCAUAAAGAACUCGAAGGACCAGGAGAUUGAUUUUCAGAUCCAGUACAAGAAUGGAAGAUUCACAGUUGACUUUAUGGAAAUGGACGCGAUUCUAUCCCUAUGGCUAUUCGCUGACAGCCAGAAAUACUCCGAAGACGAGCCUAAACCAUCAAGGGAGGAUGGCAAAACUAAUUCUUGGCUAAGAAGCAAGGGACUGCUUCCCGGGUCCGCCCUCUGCCUCCUCGGACCUUAUUCAGCAGCGUUGCACCGUGACAUAUGGUGGUGGAUGCCCACCAAGGAAACCCCAAUUUUGCUAGUUCAGAACUGUCAAACGGGGCAUGCAAAGUAUGAUUCUGCUGAGAAAUUAAGUGAGCGAUAUGGAAGAGUCGUUGGUAGCGUUGCUGAAUAUGAUUGGGUCGAGAAACCGGAAACUAGACUGGAAAUCCGUCAGUUGGAGGAGCCCAGGUUUGAUGAAGAAGCGGACAAUGAGGAAACGGAUGAUGAAGGAAGCGCAAAGCCUGAACACGAUGAACAGAAGAAUGUUCUCCAAGGUUUCUUUGCUACUGAAAAAAAAACUUCGGCGGAAUUAGUCUACGCCCAGCACAUAUUCUCCGCUUUCAUGAGAGCUGCUGCAGCGGACGAGUCUACUCGCAUUAAUCCUUCGAAGACGACCUUGCGGACAGAAGCCACUACCAAUGGGGGCGCAUGGAAAUCCUUCACAGUCGUGAACGAAACUCUUUCUAAGAUGGCCAUUGAAAUCCAACAAACAGGCCUUGGAAGCCUGGAGGAAGUUUACCAGAGUAUUCUCCCUCCUCUUUGUCUCUCAAACAAACUGCCUCAGCCCGAUGAAAUGAUUGAAUUAGCACGAAAAGAGGCUAGAGCACAUGAGAAAGCCGGCCAAUGGGAAGAAGCUGGGGAAAUAUAUCUCUCACUGCUGCGCAGAACAAAGACAUAUCCCAAUGAUACCGCCAUCGCAAUCAAAGCUGCAGCAACAACAAUGCAAUUUUGGAGACAGGUCGUCUUUUCAAUUGAAGCCGAGAUGGCUCAAUUUUGGUCGCUAGAACCACUUGGAAGUAAAUUGGAGAAGCAGUUGAGAGAGAACAACGAGAAAACCUUCCUCGAGCUACAGAGUCUUUACAUUACCCAAGGUCGUGGUCGUGCCUGGGAAGACGAUCGAGGCAGCACCGAGGCGGUUGGCCUAGAAUCUUUCCGAAAUGAAUUUGGCAUCACUGCAGCCCACAAACUCGCUAGAAGCGAUGAGCUGAACACUGAGCCUUGGCGAAUUACUUACGAUAAGGACAUGGACUUGAGGUCCGCUGAUGUCUUUGGCUGGACAGUACUCCACUAUGUUUCAACCCAAGUUCGAUCGCUGCAAAGAGAGUGGGAUCUGUCUUGGAUCAUAGAAAAGGUUGCGAAGAGUACAGGCAUCAAUGCGCGCGAUUUGAUCGAAUGGACGCCGCUCCAUUAUGCUUGCUCUGCUGGAGGAAUAGUCAUGGUGCAAACAAUCAUCCAGUUCGGCGCCGACGUCAAUGCGCAGGGCACAGACAACUUCACGCCUCUGCAUUGUGCAGCUUACCACGGCCACGAAGAGAUCGUUGCCAUAUUGGUUGAAGCAGGAGCCGACAUUAACUUCCAAGACGUAUUUGGCAAUUCUCCGUGGUUCUGGGCCAUAAGGGAACGCCGCAAAUCCGCUCGAGAUAAAUAUGGUGAGACCCCGCUCUAUCUAGCAGUACUGUUUGGGCGAGAGGCGAUUGUUAAGCUGCUGCGUGAGAACGGCGCAAAGUAG